GUUUAAACUCAACGGGGAAAACUGUGAGAGCAGAAGCGCGAGCGCGAGCUUGGAGCGUGGGUGCGGACUUCAGAGUUCAGUCGCGUGCGAUGCGCGCUCUUAGCCGCUACGUGUUCCUUAGUCCUCCGAUUUUUUAACGAUUGAGAAUGACCGCGAACGUGAAAGACGCGCGCGUAAAAUUAGACAUAUAUUAACGGAUUUAUUAAAAUUUUUAUCAUAAUCAUUUUUUUCAUGAAGGCGUAACGAAAUAUCCUCUCCACUGCAAUACAUUUUUUUUACAAUACGAAAGUAGGUCUACUCGGAGUACCAAUCAGAAUCAGUGAGAAAUAAAUCGAGAAAUAAAUCGUGGAUCGUGAUAUUGCAAACGAUAAAAUGACGACGUAAACGAUAGAAUCGCGGUCGUGGAAAUCGUAUCGGGAAAGGUGCGCUAUUUUCGAUUGGCUUUCGAUUACACGGAAUCGAAAUUGACGAGUUCAACGGGACGGAGUACGAGCUUCGUGUUUGAUACAGUUUGAUGGAACGAUGUAUAUUUUACUAUCGGCAAGUUUUUGCCGGUUGAGGGAAUUGUAAUUAAAACUUUACAAAUAGAAAUUACUAACAAUAAAAGAAAGAGAGAGAGAGAGAGAGAGAGAGAGAGAGAGAAGGUGAGAGAGAAAAAAAGAGUACAAGAUGGAAAAUGCAAACAACAGUGCUUCGAAGACAAUAAUACUCGUCAUUGAACAAACAAACUUUCCAUCAGCUGUGAAAAGUUAGAAACAGCGCGAUGAAUUAAUCGCUGCUUAUUUCUGUUAAUUGAUAAAGUAAAAUUUAUCAUUGAAGAUUUCUUAUCAAUGGGCUGACAUCUUUUUCGAAAAGGAAGUUGUGAUCUCUGACCAAUUGAGUGGAAAUGGUCUCUGUCUAAUGAGAACAUUGAAGUAUUAGUAAAAUAUUUCGUUACUAAAUGUUUAGAGACCAUAUUUUUACGAUCGAUUGUUAUCGAAAGAUUUAAGAUAAAGAAGUGGAAGCUAAGUGGAAUUUAUAGAUUCUUGCCACGCUUCGUGGAAAUUGUCGAUAAUUAUGAGGGACAAGUUCACAUUUAGCUCGGGGGUGCCGGACAUGCACGAGACUCUGUCUAGCUUCCCGGAACAGUUUGGGGAUGGCCCGAGAAAACCGGAAAUAAAGCCGGAAAUUCCGAAGGAGACGGAUAGAACCGCGGACAAUCUGAAAUGCGGUUGGUUCUGGUUCAGGCCAAUUUAUUUGCAGAAAUUUCGCACUGCGAAAUGGGCGCUUUUCUGGCUGUGUUGGGCUGGAGCGAUGCAAGGCAUGGUCGUGAAUGGUUUUGUAAAUGUCGUCAUAACGACGAUAGAGAGGAGAUUUGGAUUAAAAUCGUCGGAGACUGGCUUGAUAGCGGGUGGAUACGAUAUAGCUAGUUUUCUUCUUCUCAUACCAGUAAGCUAUCUUGGUGGCCGUGCGAAAGCGUCGAAACCAAGGUAUAUCGGCAUAGGGAUUCUAGUCUUAGGUAUAGGUAGCCUGCUGUUUGCAUCUCCGCAUUAUCUUGCCGGACCGUAUAGAGGAGGUCAGCAAACAGACAACAUAUGCCAAAGUGUCACUAAUAUAUCGAGCCAUUCGAUAUCCUGCACGGAUCAAUCUACCGUUCAAGCGGACCUAGAGCCUUACAGUGGCGUGUACUUAACCAUAUUUCUGGUAGCUCAGCUGUUACAUGGCGCCGGUGCGGCACCCUUUUAUACGCUCGGGGUUACAUAUUUAGACGAAAAUGUUUCGAAGAAGAUGUCUUCGGUAUAUCUAGGUGUUUAUUAUACUAUGGCUAUAAUAGGACCUGCGCUAGGCUACGUUGUCGGUGGUGAACUACUGAAAAUUUACACAGACUUUCUCACAGUGGACUCCUCAACGAUUGGGUUAACUUCUGAUAGUAAUGUCUGGGUUGGUGCAUGGUGGAUCGGUUUUUUGGCAGCUGCUGUCAUAUGCUUCGUCAUCGCGAUACCAGUUUUGGCAUUUCCGGCAGUUUUACCCGGAUCGGAGGAAUUAGCCAAGGAUAGGGUGUCAGAAGCGCACGAGAAAUCGACUCGAUCUUCUACCGCGGCAACGGGGGAAGCAUUUUCCAAGAUACGAGAGCUGCCACGUGCUAUGACCGAAUUACUUGGAAAUCCGGCAUUUUUUAUGUUGAACUUGGCAGGUGCCAGUGAAGGGUUGCUCAUCGCUGGAUUUGCUGCUUUUCUACCGAAACUGAUUGAAAAUCAAUUCAGCGUCAGUGCCAGUUCGGCCGCGUUGCUGAUGGGAUUGGUGACUGUACCAGCUGGAGGCGGCGGUACAUUUCUCGGUGGUUACCUGAUAAAACGCUUCAAUUUGCCCUGCUCUGGCAUAUUAAAAUUUUGUUUACUGGCUACAGCCGCCUGCAUCGCUUUCACGCUGUGUUUCGCUUUAAAUUGCCCGAACUUGGAUUUCGCUGGAUUGACUGUGCCCUAUCAAAACAUCACGAGAAGGAUCGCGUUGUCACUUGAAAACACCUGCAACAAUGGCUGCGGAUGUUCUAGAUUGCAAUUUAACCCUAUAUGCGGCGUGGAUGGAGUCACGUACUAUUCACCCUGUCACGCCGGAUGUUAUCGAGAAACACCGAUAAACAAUGUCAAAAUAUACUCGGAUUGCAGCUGCAUACACGCACCAGCGAUGAAUUUGACGAGCGAAGAUACUGGCGAUGUCGUCCAGUACCAGGCUGUCAAUACCACCUGCGGAAGUUCAUGCUCGUACCUGUGGCUGUUCAUCGUCCUGGCAUUUUGCAAUAUGUUCAUGACGUUCCUGUGUACAAUGCCAGCGCUCUCGUCCACCCUGAGAGUCGUGCGCGACGAUCAACGAUCAUUCGCUUUAGGCAUACAGUGGAUCAAAGUUCGGAUUUUAGGAACUAUACCGGCACCAAUGGUAUUCGGUGCUCUUAUAGACGAUACCUGCAUCUUGUGGAACGAAACGUGCGACGACAGAGGAGCGUGCCUCGUAUACGAUAACUACUACAUGAGCAGGUAUAUGCUAGCGCUGGCAUUCAUCGGAAAAGCGGCUUCGCUUCUUUUCUUUUUUUUGGCAUGGUGGACGUACGUUCCACCCAGCACGAGAGGCAUCGAUCAGAAUUCUCGGCAGCAAACGACGGCUACUUUAAUGCUAAGUGAUACGUCUCAAGAAGUUGAAAUAGUACCGGCUACGAUAGCGUAAUCUUGGAUUAUUUUAUUUUUCUUAUUUAGAAAGUUAUUCUUUUAGAAUGGUUAUUUUAUAGAAAUACCCGCGGAUUAUAUACGGUUAGACAAAUGUCCCAACAUUUCUCUUUUACGGUGAGAUUCACUCUGAGAAACGGAACAAUUCACGUUAAAUGAGAAUAUCGACGCAAACACAUAAA